UUCGUGUCGUCUUUUCGUUUCCUGGAUUACGAGUUUUACGAAUACAGAAACACAAUGCCUCUCUCCGCUGCCGAAGUGCAGGCUCACCCCGAGUUUCCGUACAUCACAUGGGAUCUCAAGCCUCAGUCUCAGGGCAAGUUGUCUGUUGCAAAGGACAGAGGAGGACCUCUUGAUAUUGCGUGGGAGGUGCAUGGUGAGGGCGAAAACAAGAUGGUGACCAAGGACUUUUCCCACAAGCAGGGAUCAAAAUACUCGUCUCUGAUUGUCGACAAUCGCGGUAUGGGCGAGAGUAGCAAGCCAAUGCAACGCUACUCGACCUCUGAAAUGGCAAAGGAUCUCCUCGAAGUCAUUGAUCACGUCGCACCUCGUCUCGUCAACACAGUCGGCUUUGUAGAAAACCUGCGUAACCGCAUCAACCUAUUCAUCCCUCGCAGCCUGGACGACCAAAUCGCCAACGUCAAGCACAACAUCUACACCCAAGCCUUCCUCGACGCCCCAGACACCCUCGAAUACAAAGUCCAGCCCUUCCCAACCAACGGCGACCGCUUUGCUGCACAAGAGGUCGCAAAGCGCAAGAUGCCCCAAUAUUUCAACCGCACAGGCUUCAUGGCACAGGCGAUUGCUGCGGGCUGGCACCACAAGACUGAUGCUCAGCUCAAGGAGAUUGGUGACAAGGUGGGCCGCGAGCGUAUUCUGGUGCUGCACGGUACAAAGGACCGCAUGAUCACGUUCCCCCAUGCAGAGAUGUUGUUGAAUGGACUAGGCGGCGAGGAGAGCGGUAUCCGCAAAGCCUUCUUCGAGGGGCAGGGACAUGUGGUGCCCAUUGAACUCAGACAGGAGUUCAACAAGCUGAUUGAGGAGAUGGUGGAGAAGGGCAAGACCUUGAACGCCAAGGAAUAA